GGUUUUGGGAGUUUCAGUGACAGACCACACAUAUGAAGACUGUCGCCUAAUGAUCUCAGCUGGAGAGUUGACUCUUCCCAUGGAGGCUGGCCUGGUUGAGUUCACCAAACUCAGUCGCAAGUUAAAUCUGAAGUGGGACAACAUGAAGAAGGAGCUGGAGGGUUUUGCAGUCAGAGCCACCAGCUGCAAGGGAGGGCGGAUAACCAUCGAGGAGUUUGCCAGCUUCCUAAAAUUACCCAUCAACCCAGCUCUUGAGGAGCUGUUUGCUCUGUUUGACAGGGACGGAGAUGGCACCAUUGACUUCAGGGAGUAUGUGAUCGGUGUGAACAUCUUGUGUCGACCAGCCAACACUGAAGCUGUUCUGCAAAUGGCUUUUCAG